AUGACCCCACAAAGGAGUGGAACCUCUUCUUCAUUCCCGGCUCGUACGUUCGGCCCCUUCGCUCACCCUUUCUCACAUUCCUCACCUUCCAUUCUCACCCAGGACUGGAACGUCUUCUUCAUCCCCGGCUCGUAUGCGUUCCUCCUUUUGCUCACGCUUUCUCACAUUCCUCACCUUUUCUCACCCUUGUCCAUCGUGCCUUUCUGUCUCACCGUUCCUAAAACGUUCGUCUUCUUUCAUUCCCGGCUCCAUCCCACCUCGCUCCCCUGCCAAACAUCCUCCCUCCCAUCAUCCGAAUCCCCCUCCCUCCUCCCCCAUCAACGUUGGAAUCAACUCGAAUCCCUACUGGAGGGCGCCUCUUCUUUUGAGUCGGCUCAAGAGCAUCCCACCUCUCUCCCCUGCCAACAUCCCCUCCCUCCAUCCUCACUCCCUCCAUCCUCACUCCCUCCAUCCUCACUCCCUCCAUCCUCACUCCCUCCGUCCUCACUCCCUCCGUCCUCACUCCCUCCGUCCUCACUCCCUCCGUCCUCACCCCCCCUCCCUCCUCCCCCAGCAAUGACGGAAUCAGCUCGAAUCCCGACUGGAGGGCCCCCCUUCACUACCAGACAAAUCGGCUCACCACUCUCUGUGGUGGACUACCCUCAAGUCGGCACUGAUGCCUAUGGUAUGUGCACUCAUGCCUAUGUUUGUGCUUUCUUGCCUAUGUCGUGCAUGCCCAUGCCAUGUGCACUCAUGCCCAUGCCAUGUGCACUCAUGCCCAUGCCAUGUGCACUCAUGCCCAUGCCACGUGCACUCAUGCCCAUGCCACGUGCACUCAUGCUCAUGCCACGUGCACUCAUGCCCAUGCCACGUGCACUCAUGCCCAUGCCACGUGCACUCAUGCCCAUGCCACGUGCACUCAUGCCCAUGCCAUGUGCCAGAGUUUAUGUGUCUGCCAACCAAUUUACAGAGGAUGAGUUCUCGUGUUUUGGGUCCUCCAUAUAUGCAAUCUCCAAGGCCCAGCUUCAAACCCCUCAGAACACAACCAUUCUUCGCUUCGCCGUGCCACAAUCACCGGCCCUCAGCAACCCAGCAUUAACCAUCUACCCUCAGAAGGUCGCAGCCGAUGGGGACUACGACUAUCGCCACGGCGGCACCAUGUAUUUCGGCUGGACGGGAUUCAACCCCAACCGACCUUCCCCACAGGAAUUCUUUGUUGUAUACAACUUCACCACAGUGGGAGCCUUUGCUAUAACGGGUACAAGUGCUCUGGGGACCCCUGAAGCCGAGAGUAUGGUGAAGCCACACUGUGCCGCCGUCAGCACUCCCCCGUACUUCAAAAUAAAUGAUGUUCAGCAAAAGAACGGACCCGUGCCAAUCGCUUGGAGACUCAACACCACCAUCCGUGCUAUCAGCCCUACAGCUUCUACCGUCCGUGCAGUUGUGGUGUUUCCGGAGAGCAGGCAGAUGUGGCUGUCGUUUAUGUCGGCCUUUGGCAAGGACAUGAGUGCCUCUGCCGUGGUGGCCAGGCUUCGCUUGUCUCUGAGGCUCAAGCGCAAGUGGAGGCCGUUUCGGGUGUUUCUGGAGCGGUUCAAAGUGGUGGGGGUGGGCGGAGGGAACAGCCUCAUUCAGCCCACGAUCUCUCUCAACAGUUGGGAGAGAGGGGAGGAGGGGGUGGAUGGAAAAAGUGGGAGGGUGUGGGGGCAAGGCAAGGGCAUCAUAGCAGCAUCGCUGGCAGGGCGUUCCUUCUACCCCUCAGCUGCCUAUGCCACUCUCAACGCCAAUGUGGAUGUUGGCCGCAUCAACGUUGUUGGCCCGGGGAAAGCGCCUCUUGACGACUACUCUGCGUACGAGACUGGGAGGAUGCGGUACGGCGACUACAUGACGGCGACGGUGGACGAGGAGGGCAACGCGUGGGCGGCAGUGCAGUAUGUGGCGGGGCAGCCGCGCACCGAGUGGAGCAACUGGGCUACCUUCGUGUUCAAAGUCGACCUGCAGGGGGGGGAGGGGAACGGGGGGAACGGGGGGAGUGGGAUGGGGAGAACGGGAAGAAUUAAAGGAACAGUGGGAAAGUGA